AUGGCGUUUAUAGGAGACCCGGGCCUUAAGCACACUGUCCGAUAUUACUCAGACAGGAAAACACCAGUUUUUGCGUGUUUUCUUGAUCUCUCAAAAGCCUUCGAUCUGGUGUCCUAUAACAGACUUUGGCAGAAACUGUACGAGGAGACGUCUUUACCCGGGGAAUUGGUGGAACUGUUCAGGUUUUGGUACGGCCACCAAACUAAUGUCGUUAAGUGGGCGGGCUCGCUAUCCGAUGAGUAUAGGUUGGAGUGCGGGGUCAGGCAGGGGGGGCUUACGUCGCCCAGACUCUUCAGCCUAUAUGUCAAUCGGCUGAUCGAGGAGCUCAGCAACACUAUGGUCGGAUGUUCAAUAAAUGGAACGUUCGUAAAUAACAUCAGUUACGCGGACGACAUGGUGUUGCUGAGCCCAUCGAUCGACGCCCUUAGGACACUAGUAGGUGUUUGUGAGCGGUAUGCGGAGGCCCAGGGUCUCAAGUACAAUGUCUCUAAAAGCGAGCUGCUGGUUUUCAGGGGAAGAACAGUCCAAUUAGACGACCAAAUGUUACCUCCAGUGAGACUGAAUGGCACUCCUCUUAAAGUAGUAAGAGAAUUUAAGUACUUGGGACACUGGGUAACCGCAUCGCUAAAAGAUGACGUAGACGUGGAAAGGGAGCGUAGGGCGCUGGCAGUAAGAAGUAAUAUGUUGAUUCGUAGGUUCGCAAGGUGUACUAGCAACGUUAAAAUCACCCUUUUUAAGGCGUACUGCCAGUCAUUUUACACCUGCAGCCUAUGGAUCAACUUUACUCAAAAAACUUACAGCGCCCUACGCGUCCAAUAUAAUAACGCUUUUAGGAUGCUGUUGGGGCUGCCGCGCUAUUGCAGCGCUAGCGGUAUGUUCGCGGAGGCGCGCACCGACGGCUUCCACGCCAUCAUGCGCAAGCGGGUGGCGUCGCUGGUGCGGCGCGUACGCGGCAGCGCCAACAGUCUCCUAGCCACUGUAGCAGACAGGAUUGAUGGCGCUUUCUGGGAGUACUGGAGUAGCCUACAUGUCUAUUAA